AUGACAACGCUAAGCUCGGCCGCCAGAUCUGGCGAAGAGAUUGGGAGCGUAUUCCUCGUCGCAGAGGACGGCACCCUGCUCAGUCUUCCCAUCCCCAGCAACUCCCCGGAUGAUCCUCUGAGCUGGAGUCUACGCAGACGCUGCUUGGCUUUAAGCAUACUGGUGCUGUAUGGCACAUUUGCCAUGGCAAUCCAGCAGUUUCCCGGUCUUUUGUUUGUAGCUUUUGAAAAGGAGUUUGGAAAGAAUAUCCUCCUGGCCGUCGUGGAUCUUACCUUUGUUCACCAGCGGCCUGGCGCAAUCGCGGCAACCUGGGCCCUGAGCGGCACCAUGUCCCAGGUGAUACUGGCCCUAGUGCCGUUCUCCGUCGACACGGCUCUCGACUGGCGCUCGACGUACAAGUUCUGGUCCAUAGCCGCUUUUGCCGUCUUCCUACUCGCGUUGCUCUUCGUCCCCGAGACUUAUUUCGUUCGGCCGCCCGUCGCGCUGGACGGACGCAUCCUCGUGCAGGGAGGCGCGGAGAAGAUGCGCGUCUACGAGGGCUGGGACCAGGUAGCCGGUGGCGGGCCGCCCAUCGUCGGCACCGAGCACGGCUUGCAGAGGCACGCGGCCAUGGCCGCCACGCCCAGGACGACCUCGGCGGCCGGCGGCCAAGGCCACGAGAGGACGAGGCUCUGGCUGCGGCAGAUGCGCGUCCGCAAGGCCAAGGGGGCUGACUGGCGCUCCGCUGUCGCCUUCUUCCCGCAGCUCGCCAUCUGCCUCGUCAACCCGCUCAUCUUCUGGGUGUGCCUCUUCACCGCCGCCAACUUUGCCGGCAUGAUGCUCAUGGGCACCACAUACCCCAUGGUGCUGACCUCGCCGCCCUACUCGCUCUCGACGCGCGCCGUCGGCCUCGUCAGCCUGGCGUCUGCCGCCGGUGCCCUGGCCGCCUGGCCCGCGGCCGGCUGCCUCACGUCACGGGUGACGAACCGCUUCACGCGCCGCAGCCACGGCGUCCGGCACGCCGAGGUGUACCUGUUUGCGUUUGCGCAGCCCGUCGUGGCCGGCGUGGCCAGCCUGGUGCUGUACGGCGUGGCGGUGCGCCUCGGGUGGCCGGCCGGGUGCGUCUACGCGGCCUACGGGCUCAACACCUUCUCGUACGUCACCAACGGCGUCGCCAACACGCUCUGGGCCACGGCCGUGUUUCCGCAGUGGGCCGCCGCUGCCAUCGCCGUCGUGGGCGGCGUCAGCUCCGCCCUCAGCUUCGGCCUUACCUACGCCAUCACGCCCUGGCUGCGCUCCCAGGGCUACCUGGGCACCUCGCUCGAGCUGGCCGCCGUCGUGCUGGUGCUGGGCCUCGUCGCCGUGCCCCUGGCCUUUUGGGGCAGGAACGUGCGCCAGUACAUCAAUACCCGCUGGGCCAGGUACGAGGCGGGUGCUGUGCGGCCUCAUGACAGCGCCUCGGUAAACAACAGCCAUGACCACCGGGAUCGGACGGGCAUCGUGGACAGUUUACUCCUCAUGCGAGACGUCCCGAACGACGGGCCGAACCCCCCCCCCCCCCCCCCUCUUGGUGAUGAAUUACGUACGACCCAAUGGGCGGGUGGGCUGUCCGAUACCACCUCCCAAAUACGCGGCUGGGUCCAGAGGCAAAAAUGGGCU